AAAAAAUUCAUUUGACAUUUCUGUCAGUGUGCUAAAAUGACAUUUAACUUGUAAAUGUCACACAUUAAAAAUUCUUAAAAAUGUAUUCUGGUCUGAUUUUCUCCUUUAAAAUUUAAUAUAUAUUUAUUAAAAAGUGGUAUGCUGUAAUAAUUCCAAGAUACUAUGGGCAUUAUAAGUCAUACCAGCGGUUCGGCAUUCUCUUUACGCGUUUCAAUUCGUGCUUGAAGAGUGAUAAUGUAUUAUUAAAUAUAACUUUAUCUGUACUGUUAAAUAAUGGGUAACCAGAACAGUUGUUGUUGUUACCGGAGUCCUUCGCCGAUCAGGAAAGAUAUAGUGAAGCUUGAAGACUACCUUCCGGAGGGCGAAGUCAGUUCCAACAAUAUCCAACACAUCAGCGAGAGAGAACCUGAUGACGGGGACAUUGACCCUUCCCAGGAUCCUAUUGCAGGUACAAUUUUUAUGGAACGGUCCAAAGCAUCAAUUGAGAAUGGUAUUACACGUAAGCGUAGUCAACAUCAGAUAGCUGAGAAUAAAUUAAAAAAAAGCAGUUCCUGUUCUACUAUAUAUCUAGAUGAUAGCACUGUGUCCCAGCCUAAUUUGAAAAACACAGUGAAAUGUGUUGCACUAGCAAUAUAUUAUCACAUAAAGAAUAGAACUUCAGAACGUAGGCUGGAUAUAUUUGAUGAAAAACUGCAUCCAUUGAGUAAAGAAGGAGUAAGUGAUGAUUAUGAUAAGUAUAACCCUGAACACAAGCAAAUUUACAAAUUUGUAAGAACUCUAUUUAAUGCUGCUCAAUUGACUGCCGAGUGUGCCAUCAUUACUUUGGUAUACUUAGAAAGGCUUCUUAUUUGUGCUGAGCUAGACAUUGCCCCUUCAAACUGGAAAAGAAUAGUUCUGGGAGCCAUUUUGCUUGCAAGUAAAGUCUGGGAUGAUCAGGCAGUUUGGAAUGUUGAUUAUUGUCAAAUAUUGAAGGACAUCACUGUGGAAGAUAUGAAUGAACUAGAAAGACAAUUUUUAGAAAUGCUACAAUUUAAUAUUAAUGUGCCCUCAAGUGUAUAUGCAAAAUACUACUUUGACUUGCGUACUCUUGCAGAAGCUAAUGAUUUAGCUUUCCCUAGUGAACCUUUGAGCAAAGAAAGAGCACAAAAAUUGGAGGCUAUGUCGAGAGUAAUGGAGGACAAAAUAUCUGCAGAAUUGGUUAAAAAUGGUAUUAAAAAAUGGUCAAGUUUAGACAAUGUCAAUUCUGGUGCAGGGAUAAGACGUAGUGUGGCCAUAUUAUCUUAAAUUAUUAUUUAUGAGCCUUUGGUAUUUAGUUUGAUAUCAGAGGUUUUACAAUAUAUGGAUCUUUUGUAUUUGGAAUAUUUUCACCAAUGUUGAAUUGGUACUAUGCAUGGGUACAGAACAUAAAAACCAUAAUUUACAAAGAAUGUUUUUAAGGAGUUGCCAAAUAUCAAGUUGAAGUAUAUGUUGUGUAUACUGUCCCGAGUGAAGUAAGAGAAUUAAUUGUAGUAUAUUGUGCACAAAUACCAGGGAAUUGUAUGGGAGUAAUAAUAGUCAUUCUAUACAAGGUUUCAGUCAUCGUUUAAUAUUAAUUAUUAUUAUUGAUAGUUCUUAAAAUGAAAGACUUGCAAAAUGAGGUCCAAUAUUUUUUGUAUAUCCAUAUUUGUUGUUUUGCUACUUAAUUCUUAUACAUAACUUAUGUUUCCCUUUUCUUUAUUGGCUUAAAUUUUAGUUUAUGGUAGUUGUAACUUUGAAGCACUAAUAAGAAAUAGUUGGCUUCCAAAACUAUGCUGCUUAGUAUUAACUUAGUCUUCUAUUAGAAUGUACAAGUGCAUUUGACUGAAAAAAGAUCUUGUGAUUGUUGUAUGAAUGCUUUAGUCAACUUUUAUUAUAUUUUUAGUUUUAACAGUUAUUGCAUUUAGGCUUUGACAUAGUUAUAAUUAUAUAUAAAAAUAAUUAUAUAAACUUAUGCCAAAUUAUUUUAUAAUCAAAUAAUGAUGAAUAUUAAUUUACAGAUAACUGUAUUAUUAUGCUCGAAAAAUAAUUUUCAUGUGAAAGAUACAAUAUUUAUAUUUCAUUAUACAAUAUUAUAGGAAUUGAUUAAGUUGAACUAUUAUAAAAGCAAUUAACAUUUUGUGAAUAAGUUAUGCAGUCCAUACUUUAUGUAUCAUUAAUGUACCUAAUUAAGCAAAAUAAACAUUUUAUAUGAGACUUUCAAUUGA